AUGUCGAUGAAUAAAAGUAAUAUUAGGGAGUAUAAAUUGGUUGUAGUUGGUGGAGGUGGUGUUGGUAAAUCUGCUUUAACUAUUCAAUUAAUUCAUUCACAUUUUGUCGAUGAAUAUGAUCCAACUAUUGAAGAUUCGUAUAGAAAACAAGUUGUUAUUGAUGAAAAAGUUACUAUAUUAGAUAUUUUAGAUACAGCAGGUCAAGAAGAAUAUUCUGCAAUGAGAGAACAAUACAUGCGUACAGGUGAAGGGUUCUUAUUAGUUUAUUCAGUUACAUCAAGAACAUCCUUUGAAGAAUUAAUGACAUAUUAUCAACAAAUUCAACGUGUUAAAGAUGCAGAUUAUAUUCCCGUUGUUGUUGUUGGUAAUAAAUCUGAUUUGGAAGACGAAAGACAAGUUUCUUAUGAAGAUGGUUCUUAUUUAGCAAAACAAAUGAAUGCACCAUUUUUAGAAACUUCUGCAAAACAAGCAAUUCAUGUUGAAGAUGCAUUUUAUACUUUAGUUCGUUUAGUUAGAGAUAAUGGUGGUGCAUUUAACAAAAAUUUAGAAAGUUCAUUUAUUAAUCAACCAAUUAAUAACACAACAACAAAUACAACAACAGCAAGAAAUACAAAUAAACAAAAAGAAGCUGGUGGAAAUAUAUAUGAUAAUGAAAUGUAUCAUGGUGUAGAAAAUGGAUAUAUACAAAAUGAUAAUUCGAAUAUACCAACACAAGAAAAAGAUUAUGCACCACAGCAAGGUGAAGAUAAUUUGAAUAUACCUCAAAAUGAGGUUAAUAAUACUAUACCUAAAAGAUCAUCUUUAUCUUCAUCUUCUGUAUCAUCGCCGUCUCGUAUUAAUAAUAAAAUUACAAAUAAUAAUACAGAUAUAAUACCAAAUGAAAAUAAUAAUGACGUUACUAAUAAUAUCAAUGAAGAGGUCUCUGGUGAACCAAAAACCACUCAUACUAAUAAAAAACAUACUUCUUCAAAGCCAAAGACUCAUCCUAAUGGAUCUAGUAAAACAGCAAGAGAGAAUCAAUCAACCCCACAGGGUCAAACCAAUACAACUGACAAAAGUUCAAGUGGUGGUGGAUGUUGUACCAUUUGUUAG